GGCUCCUUACCAGCUCACCUCUCACCGCACAUGUUUGGAGGAUUUAAGUGCCCUGUAUGCUCAAAAUUUGUACCCUCAGAUGAAAUGGAUUUGCAUCUUGUGAUGUGUUUAACAAAGCCAAGGAUAACCUAUAAUGAGGAUGUACUGAGCAAAGAUGCUGGGGAAUGUGCAAUAUGCCUUGAAGAAUUGCAGCAGGGAGAUACUAUAGCACGACUGCCUUGUCUAUGCAUAUAUCAUAAAGGCUGCAUAGAUGAAUGGUUUGAAGUAAAUAGAUCUUGCCCUGAGCACCCUUCAGAUUAAGUAAGCAUCAGCUUCUUGUUUUAUAGGUUUCCUUGUCUUCAAGAUGCUUGAAAAACCAAGAGGAUAUGAGGAUCUGUCUCUGGAAAAAA